GUUAUCCCUCUUGUUCCUAGCUUCCUGUUCUGUUUGGCUGUCCGAGGCUCAGACCGAAUUUAAGAGAGUGGCUGAAGAAAACGUGACUUUGCCCUGUCACCAUCGCCUGGGCCUCCUGGAGCAAGGGAGCCUGGAUAUCGAGUGGCUGCUGCACAUUUCGGAAACAGUACAAAAAGCGGUGAUCACUUACUCUGGUGGCCAUGUUUAUAACGACCUGAAUGAGGAACAGAAAGGGCGCGUUUCCUUCACAUCCAACUUCCUUGCUGGAGAUGCAUCCUUACAAAUCAUAUCCCUGCAGUCCAGUGAUGCAGGGAAGUACAUAUGUAAGGUUAAAAACGCUGGGCAGUACGAAUGGGCUCGCAUCACUCUGAAGGUUGUAGAAAAACCUUCCAAGCCCAAAUGCUGGCUAGAAGGGGAGCUGCUGGAAGGAAAGGAACUGUCCUUGCAGUGCCGUUCCGCCUCUGGCACUGCACCCAUCUCCUACCGAUGGCAGCGCAUAAGCGAGGAAGAUGAGAGAGCUGAACAUCUCCCGCCUACAUCAAGAGUCAACAUUUCUAAUCCCGGGCAAGUCCUACUGAAGAAUCUUACGCAGAUGAGCACAGGGUUAUACCAAUGCAUUGCUACCAACGAGGCUGGACAAGAAAGCUGUGUUGUUCAGGUGACAGUGCAGCAUGCACAAAAUGUCGGCAUGAUUGCUGGAGCGGUUUGUGGCGUGGUGGUGGGGCUUUCCCUCCUUUUCCUGGUGGUGAGGCUGACCAUAAGGAGGAAAGAAAAGAAGAGAUAUGAGGAAGAGGAGGCACCAAAUGAAAUCAGAGAAGAUGCAGAGGCACCCAAGGCCCAUCUCGUCAAGCCCAGUUCCUCUUCCUCUGGUUCCAGGAGCUCACGCUCAGGUUCCUCCUCAACCAGGUCGACAGCCAACAGUGCCUCUCGCAGCCAACGAACUUUGUCAACGGAAGCUACUCCUCAUCUAACUCCUCCCCAGUACAGCCAGAGGGAGAUGGAAGGAAAAGAAAUUGAGCCAAAGAAAGUUGACUACGCUAACCUGAUGAAAAUGGGAGCGACACUGGUCAUGGUGCCUGCCCAAAGCCGAGCUUUCCAGACCGUGUGA